UCGGCCCUGAUUUGAUUCAAAGGCUAGCUAAUCACCACCACAGCAUGCCAUGCACGGCACGGUACGUACGUGUCCACACACAUCCAUACACACACACUGAUAGGUACGCACACGCACAUACAGAGAGAGAGAGUGUCCCGUCCGGCCGGUAGGCAGGCAGGCAGACAGACGGCAUCUAUCGGAAAGACGCGUCGAUGGAGGGAUGGAUGGGUCGAUAUCAAGGGUGGACGCGUCAGUGGAGAGCCAGCUCGGCUGGAACCGCAGUGAGUGUUGUGUUUCGUAUUGACAGACAGACAGACAGGCAGCACUACCAGAGGCAAAGGGGGCGGUGGCCAAAGACUCACCCGACCCAUUCAUCAAAACGAGUGCCGAACAGACAGACAGACAGACAGACACAUCCAUCCCAUGAUGCAUUGAAAACUAAGAAGCAGGACGCAAUUUGGCAAGGUCGCGAUCGAGGCAGGCUCGAUCGGCACACGGUGUGCCAGCAUGCCAGCACUCGAAGUCCACCCACCCCCCAGCUGUCCAGCCAUCCAUCCAUCCAGCGGCCAGCUACAGGUUCUCUCUGCUCUGCGCGUUACAUACAGAAAGAUCAAGCGUCUCACUUUAUUCAGUGAGCUACCAUGGCCAACCCAUCCCCCCAUCCCCCCACCUGUCUGUCCACGCAGUGAGCGUAGUGUUCCCCGAUUACUUACCUACGGGCGUCGUCUUCUAGAGCAGUCAUGUGUGUGGCGUGUGUGGCCCAUCCCACCCCCCUGGUCAGUCGGUAUGCAUGGCCGUAGGUAUCCGUACUCCAAUGCAUUGGUUGGUUGGUUGGUCCGUACGUCGCCUCUAUACCCACCUCUCUCCCACCCAUCCCAUUCACUCACCCACACGUGCAGUGCACGAGCAACAAUUGGCCUCUUGGAGUGAAAGGCUGUGUUGCGCAUCUGUAGUGUCUGUCUUGGCUCUCUCCUUCCGUCCAGAUCGACCAGCGGUAGCCGAACCGCUCUCACUGCAAAAGAGUGGCUGGCGACUGCUGGUGAGACUGGUCGAAAGGAGCGAGCCAACACACGCACCGACAAACAGAACGAAAUGAAGCUGUCUGUACCACUCGUGUGUGCAUCCGAAUUACGACCGAAAGAGGGCGAGGAUGGCCGCAAAACCAACCAGCCAGCCAGACAAACAAACAAACAUGGGGAUUGGUGACAAAACGGGCGGACAUGUGUGUGUGAGAGAGAGAGAGAGAGAGAGCCAAAACGGUAGGGAGAGUGAGAGGCAGGGGACAGCACAUUCGUUUCGAGCAAAAACAAGGAACACAAAACAAAGGAGGAGGGGAAACAAACGGAUAGAGAGAAGAUACGCAUGCGGUGGGCGGAUCAUUGAGAGGGAGCGGGCCAUCAAAUGCGAUGGAACCAGCUAACCGCCGCCCUCCCUGCAUCCGUCCCUCCGUCCCUCCCUCCCUCCCUGUCUCCCUGCCUGCACCUCUGGAUCGUCCGUUCCCAUAUGUGCCAUGCUGGCGCGCGUGGGUGAGAGUGGGCGGGCAGGCAAGGGCGGGAGGGCGGGAGGGGAGAUGGGUUGCGAAGGGAAAAGUCCCUUCGUGGCUCUCCCAGUGUGCUUCAAACAUGACUACUGCGUAUGGCGUGGUGGGCUGUCGGUAUGUAUGUAUACACAGGCAGGCAAGGCAGGAUUGAUAGACAGGCCAGUCAUGCAUUGCAUGCGCGUGUGCAUAUGAGGGGAGGGGGAGAGGGGGUGGGGAGGGGUGGGGAGGGAGGGAGGGGGUUAAAAUCCACAAACGGUACCGCCGCACGAUCACUGCUCGCCCUCCUUGCCUGCACACACACACACAGAUCAGGCACUUCAUCUGUGCGCUCUUGGUCGCGUGGAUGCGGCUGUGCGUGAGAGUGUGGUUGGUUGCGGUGCGUACCCUCUUCGUUGGGGGCCAUGUCGGAGGUCCAGAGGGUGAGGUUGUCACGCAGCAGCUGCAUGAUCAACGUGCUGUCCUUAUACGAAUCCUCACUGAACAUAUCACACAUAUCACACACAGAUCAAUGCAUUCAAUGCAGGCCCAGGUGUGUGCAUGUCAUGUCAUGGUGCGUAUGUGCGGCCUCGUUCAUGUCCGUCUCUUCGUUUGUCCGUCUAACGUAACGUACCUGACAUUGUCUAGUUCGGCGAUGGCGUCCUCGAACGCCUGGCGGGCCAUCUUACACGCCUCCUCCGGGUUGUUCAGGAUCUCGUAAUAAAACACUACACCAACACAGUAAUGCCACACACGACAGUGUGCCCUCCGCCUCUCCCUCCCUCGCUGGUGUGUGUGUGUGUCAUCUGAUGGGAAUAAUAUGCCCACUAACUGACCCGAGAAGUUGAGCGCGAGUCCGAGUCGAAUGGGGUGUGUGGGGAAGAGGUCGGUCUGGGCGAUGGUGGAGGCCUCCUUGUAGGCCUCGUGGGCGCUGUUGGCGGCGGUGGUCUUGGUGUCGUCCUGGCUGAACUCGCUGAUGUAGCGGUAGUAGUCACCCUUCAUCUUGUAGUAGAACACCUUGCUCUCGCCCUAAACACACACGCGCACACACACAGGGGUGGAUAUGAUAUGCCAUCGGACAUGGACAGGUGCACAUGUGUGUGGGUGGUGGUGGUGGGUGACGGACGUACCGAUGAGCUAGCGGGGAUGAGGUGCGACGUCAGCAGAUCCAGGAUGUUGUUGCAGAUGUCAUUCAGCUCCUUCUCAACCUAAACGCAUCCAUCCAUCCGUGUGUGCGUCCGUUGUGUAGUGUGUGUUGAGCCCUCACUCAUGCAGUCACUCUCUGCCCAAGCCUACGACGGGUUACUUACCUUCUUGCGAUACUCCUCGGUGUGGGGUAUGUUCUGCGCGUUGCCCUUGGACUUCUCCUUCUGCUCCACCGACGAUAUGAUGCGCCACGACGCGCGACGGGCACCUACCGCAUUCUUGAACGCUAAACACAUGACACACAUGACAGGACACGCCCAACACACACGCCACACACGGACAGAAACAGAUGCAAAGGCGGCUGUGCCAUCAGGCUGAUACACGUGUGUUGUGUUGUCUUGUGAUGUGUCAUGGUUGUGGCGGUGCAUACCCACGGACUGCAGCAGGGGAUGGGAGGAGACAGUGUGGCCGAGGCGCGCGCAUGCAAUACACGCACACACACACAAGGACAGGUCAAGUGGAUGCCACCCAUGCGGAUGCGCCAACUCGUGUCUGUCUGCUCUUAUCGAUGUCCAUCUGUGCCCCCCUGCCCUGCCCCGCCAUCCGCCCCGUGUCUCAUCUACCCACACCCAUGUGGAUCUGUGUGUGUGUGUAGUGUAUUGUGGUGUGGUGUGGUGUGGCUGACCAGCAGGUUGCGCUCCUCAACGGUCAGUUCCUCGCCCAUCUUGACGACGGUCUCCAUGAAACUCGCCAUCUCUGCACACAACACAUCACACGCACCACACACAGCAGAAAGGGACCACACACCGGAUCUGGGCCUCUGCCUUCCUCUUUUCCUCUCUCGCUGCCCUGUGGCCUUAGCGUACCAUCGUAUCUCUCGGCCUGCUCCGCCAGCUUGGCCUGCCACAUCGACACACCACACACCGCACACGCCAUCUCCUGGUGUGAUCUGAUCUGCGUCAAAUCCCCUCCCUCUUCUAGUCCCCGCCUGGCUGCCCGCGCGCCCGCCGGCGGGCCUGGCCUUGACAUACCUUGUACACGUACUCCUCGCGCUUGCUCUUGUCCUCACCCAU